CACAAUGUGUGUUACGACCUAUUUAAGCAUCUAUUUGAUCCGAGUAUCGCAACCGUGUGAAACACAGACGACUCGUUCAAAAGUCGAACGUGAGCUUCGCUCGGGCGCUUAGAGAAUUAAUUUUCUGUUUUAUGGCUUCCAUUUCCUCACCCCAUCGGAUAUAGUCACAGGUAUUGAAUCUCAAAACAAAAGGACGAUGAAUGAAUUGUCAAAGGCUUCCACUUCCUUAUCUCAUCAAAGAGACGAGGAAUCGAUUACAUUCACUGAAAUUGAACCAAGAAACAAAAGGCUAAAAUCACAUGAAUCGUCAAUGGAUCCAUUCAGUCGUAUUGGAGUUCCAAGCGAUUUGAAAAAAUCAUGUGAAUCGUCAAAUAUGUAUGAUGUAUUCAUCAACCAUAGAGGCGAAGUUAAGGAAAUUCUGGCAAUCCCACUUUACCUUUCACUUUGGAAAGCUGGGAUUCCGGCAUAUCUAGAUAGAGAAGAGAAUAGACGUGGAGAUUCAAUUACUUCCAAAAUAAAGGCGGCCAUAUUCUCUGCUUCUGUGCAUAUAGCCAUUUUCUCACCAAAAUAUGCAGAGUCUGCUUGGUGUUUAGCUGAGCUAACAUCGAUGUUACGAACAGGUGCUACGAUUAUUCCAGUAUUAUAUGAUGUCGAGCCUAAAACCCUCAAAUAUCUACUGUCUCCAUACAAAGAGGCUUUUGAUAAACACAGGCGAUGGAUAUCAUCUCGACAAAUUAGAUGUGUGGAAAAGGUCCCUCUUUGUUGUUUCGGACAAAGUAGCCGAUGUACUGACCAGCCAACAGUGUGAUGUGAAUGAGCUGUGUGAGCAACUUGUGUCUAGAGUAAAGAACCAGUUGGCAGAGAGAGACGUUCGUUCAGAGCUUGCAGAACCAGAGGUGGAAAAAAGGAACAUUCCUCUGGAGGUUGGAAGAGAUAAGUUGGGACUUGAUGGGCUUGUGCAAGAUUUUGAAAUGCAUUGCAAGAAAUCGGAUCCGGAGAGGGGUAAGAUAAUUGGCAUCUGGGGGAUCGGAGGGUCUGGAAAGACCACUCUAGCGAAAGAGCUUUUCAAUCGCAAGUGCUCAGAGUAUACUGAAUCAAGUUUUCUGUUUAAUGUUCGGGAAGCCUCACCUACUUCAUUGCAAAGUAAGCUCUUCAGAGAUCUGUUCCACACUCAUAAUGCCCUAGAGGAUGCUGAAAAAGGAAUCAUCCUUCUCAAGUCUAAGUUGAAAAGUUUCAGUAGAUUCCUUGUAGUUGUAGAUGAUGUUACUUCGCCGGAACAGAUAAAUGCCCUAGUACCCUUGUACACCAUAAAUACCGACAAUUUGGUAAUUGUCACGGCCUGUGACGAGAAGGUUCUAGAAGAAGCCGAUAUUAGCGUUCGUUAUAAGAUUAGGGAAAUGGAUCCAGAGAAUGGCCAACGGCUUUUUCGUUGUCAUGCAUUUCAAUUGGAACCCCCUUCUGGAUACGAGGUUUCGGUGGAGCGGUUUGUGGGAAAGUGUGGAGGUUUGCCUUUGUCUCUUCAACUGUUAGGCGGUUAUGCUCUCUGUACGAAGAAGGAUACUUGGGAGCAAAAAUUAGAUGAAAUUCCGGAGACACUAGAUAUACAGUCAAUACUUAAAUUAAGCUAUGAGGCACUGGAAAAGGAGCAGAAAAACAUGUUCAUAGAUAUUGCAUGCUUUUUCAUUGAGAAAGAAGUGGAAAUGGCCAAACGAAUAUGGAAGGCUUCAGGAUGGGAAACUGAAAAUGCACUUAAGACCCUGAGAGAUAGGUGUCUUGUAGAUGUGGUACGGGAAGAUUUGGAUAAAGUGCCGCCGACUUAUGUUUUUAGAAUGCACGAGGAACUGCGUACAUUUGGAAGAGACAGGGCUAAUUCUGGAGAGAUUAAACGUGUGUGGUGUCUUCCACAUCAAAUUUUGGAAUCAAAUAGCUUUCAAUACAUUCUCAAAGAAGCCGAGGAGGAUAGCUUCAGAUGUCUCAAUUCCAUUUCAGAUAUGUGCAUUACAUAUUUUCUGGGGCAUUCGAACUCAGAGAAAUAUGCGACCUUGCAGUGGCUCGAGCUUAACUGUAAAUGCAUUCCACAGUAUAUUCGUCUCGAAUAUUUGGAGGCUUUAAGGGUUGUGUUGGGAGUACCCAAGAGACUGUGGGAAUCAGAUGUCAAGGCCCCUUGCGAGCUGAAAGAGCUGCUUUGCCAGUUUACCAUACAUGAUUACACGCAGAGAAGGGCGUUUCCGGAAAAUUUGAGCAAAUAUUCCACGUCCUUACGAAAGUUAAGUCGACUGGAAUGUCUGAUGCUAAAAUUCGAAUCAUCAGACAAAAAUGGAAAGGAUGUUGUAAUUACAUGGGAUUCGUUUCUAAAGAUUCUAUUGGAACUCAGCUGCCUUAAAACCUUGCAUUUGUUGGGUUUGAAAGUAGAUGGAAAGAUAGGUUUAAGCUAUGUUAGGGGACCAACUACUCAUAAGUUUCCUAGAAACCUUGAAUCACUAACGCUGUCCAAAUUAGCAUAUACAACUGAGGUCUCAAUUAGUGGAGACUAUUGCCCCGCUCUCAAAUGUCUUAAGAUUGAAGAAAUGAAAGAUUUAAUUAAAUUGCAUUUAAAAGAGGUAAAAACAUUGAAACGUCUAGAGGUGUUCAAGUGUCAUCAAUUGAAAAGAGUCUUGGGCAAAGAUCUCCCGAAACUUGAAAUUUUAAGUGUAGAGGCUUGUUCUGAUAUAGAAGAGUUGCCAGAUCUUGAGAGUCUGAGUUGUCUCGAAAGGAUUAGGAUUAUGGCUUGUGAGAUAUUGCAAUCUAUUGAAGGUAUUAAAUGUUUAAGUAGCCUGGAAGAUAUUACCGUUACAUGUUGUCCGAAGCUGCAGAAGUUAGAAGGUAUAGAAAAAUUGGAGCGAUUGAAGUCCGUGAUUCUUUCAGAUGGUUCUAUGGGGAAAUGCGUGUCUACUUUUCAGAAACUGCCGUCGAAGUUUACACUUGUAAUGGGGAGAGCAUCUACGGCAUCUUGGACUGAAGAUCAAAUUCGCAAGGUAGUUUCUACAGCGGAUUCUUGGCAUGAUUUUAAUUCCAGAAAGGAAGGGUACCAGAAGCUCCAGUUAUUACAGAAACCUCAGCAGUCUUUCAGUACAAUCAUCUUGCUCGCUAAGGUUGUCAGUGAUCUUCCCAUAUAUAUGGACAGACUACCUGAGUUCGGGGAAACAAUACGUCUCUGUUGGGAAACUGAUGAAAAAUUGAUAUAUAGUUAUACCAUUGUGGUUACAGAUCCAGAUGAAAUAGCAAUGGUAUCACAUUCCAUUCCAGGUUACUGUUGGAUGCCAACAUUUCACUUGAAAAAGAGAGGGAAGUGCCUCCAACCUGUGGCGGAUAUAAAGAAGGGGUAUGUGCUGGGAAUGAAGAAAGGCCGCCAUGACUCUGAAACAUUAUUGAUAUUGAAAGAGCUAAUUGGUCAACUUUAUAACUGAUGAUGAAUAGAAGUGAACUCAUAGUGAGAUGGAGAGCUGGAAAUGAAAAGCAAAUGCAAAGCCAGAGUCUCUGGAGAGCUGGAAAUGAAAAGCAAAUGCAAAGCCAGAGUCUCUGGAGAGCUGGAAAUGAAAAAAAUAUUUGUUUGUAAAUUUAAGGAUAUGUGUAUGGUGAGAGGCGUGGAUUUUCUUAAUUUCUCCGGUUUUCUUCAAGAGCAAUCUCUAAGAAAAUUCAACAGGGAGGUUGAAUAAAUCUAGCUACACAUUCACUCUUAAUUUGGUGUAUAAUAAUUUUUAUUUUCAUGAUGA